AUACACAACGAAGGCUGUUUGAAGUUUCAGGCCAGGGGCAAAGGGUUUGGCGGAGCCCUUUACCACCGUUGGUACAAAUUACAUUGACCACAUUGCGGGAUGGUGAAACCGUUCAGGGGACAGCAAAGACACAGUCCAGCUGCUCGCACACUGUAAGUUUAUGACGAAAUGGCCUUUCACCAAUCGCAUGUCGCAUGGAUUAAUUUCACAGUCAAGUGAAUUCCACGGCUGGCCGCAUUAUUGGAUUUGCGAACAUGAAGUACUUUUCCCCGCAAGCUUUACAACUUUCCAUCCACGCACCAGAGCGAAAACGCCCCAUGUCAACCACUAUCGCCACCGGAACUUGGACCAGCGGCGAACACAAGCGAUUCCUUGCAGCCAUUGAAAUGUUCCCCCAAGGACCGUGGAAGGCCAUCGCCAAGUUCAUCGGCACCCGAACAUCUCGACAAGCUCAAACCCAUGCCCAAAAGUACCGAGAAAGGCUACUUCGGCAAGAUGUGGACAUGAUGAGCGACCACGUGUCAAGGAAGAUAAGGGGGCGGGCUGCUGAGGAAGGCGUGAAAAUUGAGGUGGAGGCAGUGGACGUGGUGAUUGGGAUUGAAGAAUUCAACCAGGAUUGUAUUAGUCAAGGCUUCCCCGACUCCGAGCUGUCAAUGGAAGAGGCCAUGGCGUACCUUGUGGAACUAGUGGACUGCGCCAAGUGGGCUUUAUGACCCGUCCGAAACGUCAACCCACCAAACCCACCAUCGACAGGCAACUCGAAGCCCCAAUUCCUGUAUCCUACUUUUCCUGUAAUAUUAUACUACUCGAGUGUCUCUUGAUAUCGAGGUUUUGCUUUCAA